CAAAACAUAGAUUUGUGCAAUUCUCAUAUAUAUAUACUUAUAAUUUGCACGUUUUCGAGUGUGUCAAUAUAUAUUCUUGUCUAGCUCUUUGUUGUACAAGAAGAUGGUUGUCAAAGUAUAUGGUCCAGUAAUGGCAGCCUGCCCCCAGAGGGUGAUGGUUUGCCUUUUGGAGAAAGGAGUGAACUUUGAAAUUGUAGAUGUUGAUCUUGAGGCAGGAGAGCACAAGCGACCCGAGUUUCUCACCCGUCAGCCGUUUGGGCAAGUUCCAGUUGUAGAAGAUGGUGACUUAAGGCUCUUUGAAUCUAGGGCCAUCAUAAGGUACUACGCAGCCAAGUAUGCAGGCCGUGGUCCCAACCUAUUGGGAACAACUCUGGAGGAGAAGGCAGUUGUCGACCAGUGGCUGGAAGUGGAAGGCCACAACUUCAACGACCUGGUUUACACUCUAGUGCUCCAGCUUCUUGUCCUGCCACGGAUGGGUCAACGUGGCGACGUUGCAUUAAUCAAUGCAUGUGAGGAGAAGCUGGAGAAGGUGUUUGAUGUUUAUGAGGAAAGAUUGUCAAAAAGCAAAUAUCUUGCUGGAGAAACUUUCACUCUGGCUGAUCUGAGCCAUCUUCCUGGGAUUAGGUAUCUGAUUGAUGAAGCUAAACUGGGGCAUUUGGUGACUGAGAGGAAGAAAGUGAAUGCAUGGUGGGAGGACAUAUCCAACAGGCCUUCUUGGAAGAAACUAAUGCAGCUUGCUAGUGACUACUAGAUAGUCAUACCUACUUUGUGCUUCAUAUAUGAUAUAAUUCCGCACUUCUUUUUUCUCUCAUGCAUGCACACUUUGGAUUAUUUUUAGGCUUAAUAAGUCUGAUGAUGAGAAUCAAGGGACAAAUAUAAACAUGGGUGUGGAUACAUAAAAUAAAAAAGAGGUGUGCGGAAAGAUUAUCAUAAUAUAUAUGUGACCUAGAAGAAAUAUUUGAGAGGAGAAGAAAAAUAAUACCUAAAGAAAUCCUACGUUGUGUGAGAAAAUUGCAAGAAAAAAGACAAUAAUAAUAUUAGUCGCAUCGUAUUUAUUAUAGCGACGACUAUUGCUUCUAUUUAAAAGAAAGAGAGAUCAUUUUAAGAAAAAAAGUUGGAUUGAUUUACAUUUCCCCCCUAUAUAUGUAAUAUGUAUGUGUGCUGUGUGACAAAUUAGUUGUGUCAAUAAAAAGAAUAAAUGGUUUUCUUCA